AUGGAAGUAGAAAACAAAACAUUGCUGAAUGAUUUGAUUCUUCUUGGAUUCCAGGAAGGACGGGUUGUUUAUAUAAUAUUAAUGGCUUUCAUUUACAUAACAAUAAUUACCUUGAAUUUCUCUGUGUUUAGCAUCAUCCAGGUGGACAGCCAUCUCCAGACGCCCAUGUAUUUCUUCCUGAGUUUUCUAUCGUUAUUAGACGUCUGUUACUCUACCGUCACCCUCCCGGCUAUGCUGGCCAAUGCUAUCACCGGGAACAGGAGGAUAUCCUUCCAUAGCUGUUUUACACAACUCUAUUUCUUUGUCAGUUUUGGAGGAUCCGAAUGUCUUCUUCUGAGUGCCAUGGCUUAUGACCGAUAUGUAGCCAUAUGUAACCCCCUCCGUUACAAUGUUGUUAUGAAUAAGAGGUUCUGCUCAGGCUUUGUUGCCGGGUGUUGGGUCUGUGGAUUGUUUAAUGCCAUGUUCCACACCUUGAUGACCAUGAAGCUGACAUUCUGUGGAGAUCAUCACAUCAACCAUUUCUUCUGUGAUGUCCUUCCAAUGCUGGAAGCAGCUUGUAGUGACAUCCAGAGCAGCCAAGUGUGGUUACAUGUGAUCACCGUAUUUCUUGGGUUUUCUCCUUUUAUCCUCGUGAUGAAUUCGUAUAUACGGAUCAUCUCCACCAUCCUGAAAAUCCGCUCCUCGGAAGGAAGAAAAAAGGUCUUUUCCACAUGUUCCUCUCACCUCAUGGUUGUCACCAUUUUCUAUAUUACAGGCAUGUUCAACUAUAAUGGUCCCAGUUCUGGAGAUUCCUUCAUCCUUGUCCGAGUGUCGUCUGUUCUCUAUGGUAUACUGUCCCCAUUGUUGAACCCUGUUAUCUACUGUUUGAGAAACAAAGAGGUAAAGAAAGCCUUGAAGAAAGUAAUGACUAGAACAUAG